ACGAAAAGUAUGUGAGGUUUAGAGAGAGAAAGUGCAAUGUGAAGGUCUAAGAGGAUAGAGAAAGUGGCGACUUAAAUGUUAAGCUGUAAUGUUUUAAACCCCGCGGGGAGUUGAGGCAGAGGAGAGAGUGAGAUGGCCUGGAUUUGAAGACAAGUGCCGGUGAUCAUCGCACUGACGGCUCAGAUCAGUUCAGAUUUGGAAAGAGAGAGAGAGGCAGCUCUUUCUGUUACCCAAAAUGCCCUCACAUUGAGGGGAAAGAAGAGAGAGAAAGUGAACCUGAGAAAUGCCCCGUCAUUGAAGGAGGAGAGAAAGUAAACCAGAGAACGGCCCUCUCACAUUGAAUGAGAGAGAGAGGAGGAAGAGAGAGAGUGAACCAGAGAAAUGCGCUCUCACAUUGAAUGAGAGACAGAGGAAGAAGAGAGAGAAAGUGAACCAGAGAGCUUGCAACGGAAGUGAACUCUUUGAAUUGCGUACCGUGAUCUCCACAUUGAGAGGGAGAGAGGCUCGCAUUGAAGUGUCAACCAAUUUUCACCCUUCAUCUCUGGUUUGGCAAAACGCGCUCCCUCUCUCGCUUGACUAGAUUUUCUGUUUGGCAAAACGCGCUCCCACUCAGUUUGAGAGCAUUCUUGGUUACCCACCUGAUCUUCUCUCACCAACAAGUUUCUUACAAAGGGGAGGAGGAGCUCUGAAAUGCUGAGAUUUCAUGGCCAUUAGAACCAGAGGAACCAAACCCCUGGGGUUUAUCCAGAGCCGAGGUAUCGUUAGGUCGAAGCAUGAACGCUUACAAUAGGCUCGCUAAUGGCGGCUUAGCCUCUUCACAUUCCCCUCCUUCCUCUCCAUGUCGCUCUCCGAGGUUUCGCCAUUCUCGAGGAAAGGCUCGAGGAGCUUUGGGGCUUGGCCCUCCUCUGAAGUUGCAGAAUGUAAUACAUAGGCUUGUGUAUCUUCUUUUCUCUGUUGUGUAUAGAAGGCAUGGGGUCUUGCUCUUUGUGCCUCUUGUUUAUAUAUGCGGGAUGUUGUUUUAUAUGGGGUCUCUGCCAUUUGAGGGGCCUGUAGUCGCUAAUCGCCCACCUCCUGGAUCAACCUAUAGGAGUCCCGAGGUUUUCAAAAAGUUAUGGCCUUCCAUGCAAGCUGAUGACAAUGCCUCGAAUGCGCUGUCAACAGCGUGGUAUCCAAGAGUUGGUCAAGGUUGGAGACCCUGUGCUAGCUGGAAAGUUUCUCGAUCAGAGCUGCCCCCCUCAAACGGUUACCUCAUCAUUGAAGCUAAUGGUGGUUUGAAUCAGCAGCGUAUAUCGAUAUGCAAUGCAGUGGCUGUGGCUGGCCUUCUGAAUGCCACACUUGUAAUCCCAAAGUUCCAUUUAAAUAGUGUCUGGAGAGAUUCGAGCAAGUUUGGAGAUAUUUUUGAUGAGGAGCAUUUUAUUGAUAUACUUAGAAAUGAUGUUAAAGUAGUAAAAGUGCUUCCGGAGGCUAUAUUGCAGCAGUUUGACAAUAAUAUUAGCAACAUUGUGAAUUUGAGAGUUAGGGCCUGGUCAAGUUCAACCUAUUACCUUGAAAAGGUCCUCCCCAAGUUGUUGAAACUAGGUGCUGUUCGUAUUGCACCUUUUUCAAACCGAUUGGCACAUGAAGUUCCACUUUAUGUCCAAAGCCUUAGAUGCAUGGCUAAUUAUGAAGCAUUGAGAUUUUCUCAACCUAUAAGAUCGCUUGGGGAAAGUAUGGUGGAGCGAAUGGUUAAGAAUAGUUCCAGGACUGGUGGAAAGUACGUCUCGGUGCAUCUUCGUUUUGAGGAGGAUAUGGUUGCUUUCUCUUGUUGCAUAUAUGAUGGGGGUGAAGAAGAGAAAUGGGAAAUGGAUAAUGCUCGUGAAAGAGGUUGGAGAGGAAAAUUCAAUAAAACUGGUCGAAUAAUCAGACCUGGAGCGAUUAGAAUGGAUGGGAAGUGUCCUCUUACUCCUCUAGAGGUGGGAAUGAUGCUGAGGGGCAUGGGCUUUGACAAUACUACAUCAGUUUAUGUUGCUGCUGGAAAGAUAUACAAGGCAGAAAGAUACAUGCUUCCUCUUCGGCAAAUUUUUCCUUUGUUAGAAACAAAAGAGACUUUAGCUUCACCUGAAGAGCUUGCUCCUUUUAAGGGCCAUUCCUCAAGGUUGGCAGCUCUAGACUAUACUGUGUGCCUCCAUAGUGAAGUAUUUGUUACGACUCAAGGAGGCAACUUUCCUCAUUUUCUGAUGGGUCACAGGCGCUUUCUUUACAAUGGACAUGCAAAGACGAUUAAACCUGAUAAGAGAAAAUUAGCAUUAUUGCUAGAUAAUCCAAAUAUCAGGUAAUAAAGGCAGGUAUAACUAGGGGGAUGGAGCAUUAGAUCUUGUUCUUCAAGACUCGAAAAUCAACUCUGAGGCCUUGGUCUCCUUUUAUAGUCUGCGAAAUCCAAACGCGAAUUUCAAAUGCGUUCUAUAUUCUCUUCAAUUAUUGCACUUCCUCUGAAAAAGUAGAUUCCACCCUCUAUUAGUGCACGACCUUUGAAAAAGUAGAUUCCAUAAUUGUACGUUAUAAAAGGUGAUAUCUUUGUACAAUGCUCCAUUAUUGUACUUUUUCUACAGUAAACGAUAAGCAAUUAUUGUACGAGCUUGGACACAUGUUGUGUGCAUAAUGUCGGUAGAAUCUUCAUACAGUGAAGGGUGGGACACGUGUUAUGUCCAUACCGUCAUCAGUUUUUUGUAUACUGAAAAUAGGACUCGUGUGCUGGAUAUGUUUGCAGUCGUACCGUCCUUUCUGAUAGUUGCAUUUCUUUUUUAGCAAAUAUCAUCUUUCCAUCAUGUUGCUGAUGUUGGCUUCUCCAACACUACCUAGGCUACAAUCACUGAUAUUUUCUUGCCCUUCCAUAGCCCAGUAAUUGGUUUCAGCUUAGUCCAUAAACAACUCUUAUGCUUCUAUAGACAGAUCUGAUGGUUGAUCCAAAUUGAUCGGUCUUUCACAUUUGCUCAAGAAGUCAUCUGUUUCUUUGAUUUGGCUAUCAGUGGAACAGUGACUUAUGUGUAGAUCAGUGGCAAAAAGUCUUUUUCCAUCACUAAUUUUAAAAGAAUGUCUAUUCUUUAAUUCACAUAUUUGUUGGCAGAAUGAUACUAUAUUUUUUUUGGCAAAAGUUUUUACAUUGAUUUCAUGGACUUCUUUAUCUGUCACUGCCGCGUCUUCGUCGAGUGUGAAAUCGUUAUUGGUGGUUUCCAUUAGAUACAAAAUUUGGUAUGACUGGAAAAAUCUUUCUCUAGAUCUCCAUCCGAUGGUGCUUGUUAUUUGAUAAGUAAGGUAUUUAUUAAAUUUCCAUGAUUUGGAACUUUAUAAAUCAUACUUUUUAUAAAAUUAGGGAAGUUUCUUAUUUGCAUCCAUUCUAGAUGCUAAAAAAGUAGAAUAUUUGGAUUUUUAUAAAAACUAGAAACCUGUCUGGUUUCUACUGGGAGACUUUGUUGAAUAUGUUUUUGAAAUUCAACAAUUUCUUUAUAAGUGUUGGCCCACAACCUUGACUUUGAGCAAACUGAGAAUAGGAAGCUUCUCUAGCCUCCUCUUCUUGAUUGGACCAUGGGAAUUGUCUCCUGCCUCUUCCUUGUUUAGGAGGAGCUUCUUUGACUGGCCUCUUGCCUUUAUCCAUUAGAUUAAUCUUUCUGAUUAAUCCGAGUUCCUGCUAAGAAAAUCUGCAAGGAUAUUGUUGGUUCCUUUGACAAGUUCUACUUUAAAAUUGUAAUGAUGGAUUUGAUUUGACCAUCUAAUCCUUCUUGGAUUAUUUUUACCUUUUUGUUUAUUAAAAAAUAUUUGACAGGUUUAUUAUCUUUUCGGAUAGUAAACUCUUCAGCGGCAAGAAAGAUAUGAAAUCGUUUGAUCCUCUUAAAACUGCGAGAAGUUCUUUUUCGUAAAUGAUAUAACUUUUCUCAUUUGGUUUGAAUUUUCCAGAAUUAUAUCCACAAAUGAGUUCUUUAUUUUCUACCAUCGCUUUUAAAACAGCUCCCCAAUUUUCAUUCGAGGCACAUGUUUCUAAGAUGAGUUUAUCUCCUUUCGGAAAAUAAACAAUGGGUACCCUUCAGUUCAAAAACAAAAAUAAACAAUGGGUAAUUUGUCGAGAUCUUUUUUGAUCAUUUUGACUACUUGUGUGUCCUAUUCUUCCCACACAAAUUCUUGAUUUUUCUUUAAUUUAUCCAAGAAAGGUUUUUCUUUUUUGGACAGAUUAGGAAUGAAAUUUCUUUUAUAAUUCCAAUUUCCGAAAAAACUCUGUAGGCGUUUUUUAUCUAUUAGUGUAUUAAGAAAAUUGUUUAUUUUGGAAACAACAUGUUCUUGCAAUCUUAUCCCUUGUUAGUCUAAGAUUAUUCCAAGAAAUUAUAUUGAAGUCUUUUCUACUUGAAUCAUUUGAGGACUUAAAAUAAUUCCAUUAUCUAGGAAUUUAUCACUGACUAUUUUUAGAUGCUCUUUGUGUUCUUCCAGAGUUUUGGAAAAAGCUAGAACAUCGUCGAUAUAGACGACACAAAAAUCUUUUAGGUCUAAAAAGAUUUUAUCCAUCCAUCUUUGAAAUAUUUGAGGUGCAUUGCAUAAUCCAAAUGGCAUGACUUUCCAUUGGUAAUGACCAUAAGGAACACUGAAAGCAGUCAAUGGUCUUGAUUCUUCGGUUAGCAUUAUUUGCCCAAAUCCUGAUUUGCAAUCAAAUUUGCUAUAAUAUUUAGAAUUUUUUGUUUGAUGAAUCAAUACGUCCUUUCUUGGAAUAAAUUUUAAAUUUUUAUUUAGCCUUUGAUAGUUGAUUACCAUUCUGGCUUUUCCCUUUUUUUCUUCCUUAUGGUUUCUUACCGUAACCGCUAGACUAGAAUGUGAGAUAGUAGUAGAUUCUAUUAGUCAUUUUUCUAGUAAGUCUUUUAGUUGUAUGGAAAAUUCGUCUAUAUCUUUUUUGGUAUAGACCAUCGGUUUUACUCUUAUGAUCCUAUUUGGAUCACAGAGUUUCAGGCUACAAUAUCUAGGGCUUUUUGUCCAUAAUUUCAGAGGGUUUUCACUGAAAUUUGGCUCGAGUGUUUUAUAUACCCUAUGCUUUUCAUUGAGUUGUUCUAUUAAUUCAUUUUUAUUACUUUCACCCCGUUUUUGAGAAAAUGCGAAUUGCCACCUAUAUUUAUGUUCUUCUAACACUGGAAUGGAAAUUUUUUCUCCUUUCUGAGUUAAUACUAUUUCUUCAUGGUAAAUUUCUAUAGGAUAAUAAUCUUUGAGAAAAUUAUUACCUAAAAUAAAAUCUCCAUGCAUAAAAGGAAAACACAGAAUUUUGGGUAUAGAAAAUUUUCUUUUUCCUAACCGUGCAGAUACAUUUUUGGCCUUAUACUUGAUUAGAGUAUUAUUGCCAUCUAUUCCAGUUGUGCUUAAUGGGCUUGCCAUUUUUUCCCAUUUUUCUAAUGGAAGUGUUGUAGGACUACAGGCGCAUGUUAUAGCUCCUAUGUCGAUUACAAUAUCAAGAUGGGAAAAUUUCAAGCGCCAAAUGCAAGCCAUGCUUCGGCACAGUGACUCAAAGGGGAUUGAGAUGAGGAAAAC